GCCGCCGCCCUGGCCCCGCGCUCGCCUCUCCGGGUGCAGCGGGCCGGGCCGGAGCUGGCGGGGCGGGGACUCGGGAGGGGCCGCAGCGCGGCUGCCGGUGCCGUUGCGGGAGAGGAGGAAGCGGCGCGUCCCCUGAGGCGUGCGCCGGGACGGACCCCGGGCCUGCGGGACGGACGCGCGCGGAGGGAGAGGGCCGGGGGCGAGACAUCUGCUGGCGCUGGGGACUGCUUCAGGGCUGCGGAACGCCAACUUGCUUCGUGUGCUCCAGGCAGGUGUGGGGCAGGUGGCGCCUCCGUGACCUACCACCAUCGAUGGAAACGGGCUUUUGGUGAAGAAACCCAAACGGUUGAUGCCAGCCAGGGUGACUUGGCCGUCAAAGGUUUUGACAAAACGUGCUCUGUUCCCUUUGGGGAAUCCGAAUGAGGGAGAUCACAGACACCUUCACUGGGAAGCCAAGGACAUUUCUGUAUAAUCAGUGGAUGAAAGGAUUUUCUCAGACUCUUUUUUCCCUGUUCCUGGAGGAUUAAUCCGCUGCAAGCUCCAAUUCCAGUGGAAACUGCAAGGCACACGAUGUGGCAGGAGCCUGGAGCGCCUUCGGAAUUGUUGUGGACCCUUCCUGUAGCAUAGGGGAGUUUUCACACUUGCCUCCACUCCUCCCCUUCCCCUCAACCGCCUCCUUUCUGAUCUCUUCUCUUUAAUUUGUUUCCAUUUUUCUGAGUUAAGUUCUAUUUCCAAAACUGUUCUCUGGAGCUAAAAGUGGAUUGCCAGAAAUGAGAGAUUAGGAGCUGGGAGAAGAGGAAGCGCCCUGUGUUGUGUCUCCUGAAGGCUGCCGACAUGAAGUGCUUUUUCCCGGUACUGAGCUGUCUGGCUGUGCUGGGUGUGGUGUCGGCACAGCGGCAGGUCACCGUUCAGGAAGGACCGUUGUACCGCACGGAGGGCUCUCACAUCACUAUCUGGUGCAAUGUGAGUGGCUACCAGGGACCUUCUGAGCAGAAUUUCCAGUGGUCCAUUUACCUGCCUUCAGCCCCAGAGCGAGAGGUGCAGAUUGUCAGCACCGUGGACUCUUCCUUCCCCUAUGCCAUCUACACCCAGCGCGUCCGCGGAGGGAAGAUCUUCAUAGAAAGAGUCCAGGGGAACUCAGCCCUAUUGCACAUCACAGAUCUUCAGGCCCGGGAUGCCGGGGAGUAUGAAUGCCACACACCCAACACUGAUGACCAGUACUUUGGGAGUUACAGUGCGAAGAUGAACCUAGUAGUGAUCCUAGACUCCCUGCAGACCACCGCCAUGCCCCAGACUCUGCACAGAGUGGAGCAGGACCCGCUGGAGCUCACUUGUGAGGUGUCCUCAGAGACCGUUCAGCACAGCCACCUGUCUGUGGCCUGGCUCCGGCAGAAAGGUGGUGAGAAGCCUGUGGAGGUCAUCUCCCUGAGCCGAGAUUUCGUGCUUCAGUCCAGCAGCGAAUAUGCCCACAGGCAGAGCCUGGGGGAGGUGCGGCUUGACAAGCUGGGGAGGACCACCUUCCGCCUCACCAUCUUCCACCUGCAGCCUUCCGACCAGGGCGAGUUCUACUGCGAGGCUGCUGAGUGGAUCCAGGAUCCCGAUGGGUCGUGGUAUGCUAUGACCCGAAAGCGUUCCGAGGGAGCUGUGGUCAACGUCCAGCCAACUGACAAAGAAUUCACUGUUCGGCUGGAAACGGAGAAGCGGCUGCACACAGUGGGUGAGCAGGUGGAGUUCAGAUGCAUCCUGGAGGCUCAGAAUGUUCCCGACCGCUACUUUGCUGUCUCCUGGGCCUUCAACAGCUCGCUCAUUGCCACCAUGGGCCCUAACGCCGUGCCUGUCCUCAACAGCGAAUUCGCCCACCGGGAAGCCAGGGGACAGCUUAAGGUGGCCAAAGAGAGUGACAGUGUCUUUGUGCUGAAGAUCUACCACCUCCGCCAGGAAGACAGCGGGAAAUACAACUGCCGGGUGACUGAGCGAGAGAAAACGGUGACCGGGGAAUUCAUUGACAAGGAGAGCAAGCGUCCCAAGAACAUCCCCAUCAUAGUCCUCCCCCUCACAGAUAACUGGGUAGUUAAAGUCCCCCAGCACCACCAGAUCCUGUCCCAAGGCCACUUGGAGAGCAGCAUCUCCGUGGAGGUGGCCAGCAAUGCCAGCAUCAUCCUGGAGGGCGAGGACCUGCACUUCUCCUGCAGCGUCCGCACGGCAGGCAGGCCGCAGGGUCGCUUCUCUGUCAUCUGGCAGGUUGUGGACAGGCAGAACCGCCGCAGCAAUAUCAUGUGGCUAGACCGGGAUGGCACCAUGCAGCCAGGCUCGUCCUACUGGGAGCGCAGCAGCUUUGGGGGCAUCCAGAUGGAGCAGGUGCAGCCCAACUCAUUCAGCCUGGGCAUCUUCAACAGCAGGAAGGAGGACGAGGGCCAGUAUGAAUGUCACGUGACUGAAUGGGUGCGGGCAGUGGACGGAGAGUGGCAGAUUGUUGGGGAACGCCGGGCCAGCACUCUCAUCUCCAUCACAGCUCUCGAAACGGGCUUUGCCGUCACAGCCGUCUCUCGGACGCCGGGGGUGACCUACAGCGAGUCCUUUGACUUGCAGUGUAUCAUCAAACCCCACUAUCCCGCCCGGGUCCCCGUGGCGGUGACGUGGCGGUUCCAGCCGGUGGGCACGGUGGAGUUCCACGACUUGGUGACCUUCACCCGGGAUGGAGGGGUCCAGUGGGGGGACAGGUCCUCCGGCUUCCGAACCCGAACUGCCAUCGAGAAGGCCGAGUCCAGCAACAACGUCCGCCUAAGCAUCAGUCGAGCCAGUGACACGGAGGCAGGCAAGUACCAGUGUGUGGCGGAGCUGUGGCGGAAGAACUACAACAACUCCUGGACACGGCUGGCGGAGAGGACCUCCAACCUGCUGGAGAUCCGGGUGCUGCAGCCAGUGACAAAGCUGCAGGUGAGCAAAUCGAAGAGGACCCUGACCCUGGUGGAAAACAGGCCCAUUCAGUUGAACUGCUCAGUCAAGUCUCAGACAAGCCAGAACUCCCACUUCGCAGUGCUCUGGUACGUCCAUAAGCCCUCAGAUGCCGACGGCAAACUCAUCCUGAAGACCACCCACAACUCCGCCUUCGAGUACGGCACUUAUGCGGAGGAGGAGGGCCUGAGAGCCAGGCUUCAGUUUGAGAGGCAUGUGUCGGGGGGCCUGUUCAGCCUCACCGUCCAGAGAGCUGAGGUCAGUGACAGCGGCAGCUACUACUGCCACGUGGAGGAGUGGCUGCUGAGCCCCAACUACGCCUGGUACAAGCUGGCAGAGGAGGUUUCUGGGCGCACAGAAGUCACUGUUAAACAGCCCGAUAGCCGCCUGAGGCUCAGCCAAGCCCAGGGGAACCUGUCGGUUCUGGAGACCCGGCAGGUGCAGCUGGAGUGUGUCAUCCUCAAUCGCACCAGCAUAGCCUCCCAGCUCAUGGUGGAAUGGUUUGUAUGGAAGCCCAACCACCCUGAGCAGGAGACUGUGGCCCGUCUGAGCCGAGAGGCCACCUUCCACUAUGGAGAGCAGGCGGCCAAGAACAACCUGAAGGGGCGGCUGCAUUUGGAGAGUCCUUCCCCCGGCGUGUACCGGCUCUUCAUCCAGAACGUGGCUGUGCAAGACAGUGGGACCUACAGCUGCCGCGUGGAGGAGUGGCUACCUAGCCCCAGUGGUGUGUGGUAUAAGCGGGCAGAGGACACCGCUGGGCAGACAGCUCUGACAGUCAUGCGACCAGAUGCUGCCCUACAGGUGGACACAGUGGUCCCCAAUGCCACGGUUUCUGAGAAGGCAGCUUUCCAGCUGGACUGUAGCAUUGUGUCCCGCUCCAGCCAGGACUCCCGCUUCGCUGUGGCCUGGUAUUCCCUGAGGACUAAAGCUGGGGCAAAAAGGAGCAGCCCUGAUGUGGAAGAACAGGAAGAGGAAAGGGAGGAGGAAGAGGAAGAGGAGGAGGAGGAGGGGGACAGUGAUGAUUCAACAGAGCGGAUGGCCCUGCUGAGCGUGGGCCCAGAUGCUGUCUUUGGCCCAGAGGGCAGUCCCUGGGAGGGCAGGCUUCGCUUCCAGAGGCUCUCCCCGGUGCUCUACCGGCUCACAGUGCUGCAGGCAAGCCCCCAAGAUACGGGCAACUACUCCUGCCGCGUGGAGGAGUGGCUGCCCAGUCCUCAGAAGGAGUGGUACCGGCUGACGGAGGAGGAGUCGGCCCCCAUUGGCAUCCAUGUUCUGGAUACAAGUCCCACCCUGCAGUCCGUCAUCUGCUCCAACGACGCGCUCUUCUACUUUGUCUUCUUCUACCCCUUCCCCAUCUUCGGCAUCCUCAUCAUCACCAUCCUGCUCGUGCGUUUCAAGAGCCGGAACUCCAGCAAGAACUCCGACGGGAAGAACGGGGUGCCUCUGCUGUGGAUCAAAGAGCCGCACCUCAACUACUCCCCCACUUGCCUGGAGCCCCCUGUACUCAGUAUCCACCCAGGGGCCAUAGACUAAGGGGCGAUGCCCCAGCAGAUGUCGGCUACGGAGGAGCUGAGGCUCUCCCUUGCUCUGUGAUUGGACAGUUGACAGCACCCAAACUCUGGGGUGCCCGUGUGGAAAGUUGUCAGACUUGAAAAGUGUUCCGAGUUCCCAAUCCGUCACAGAGAUAGGCUGCCUCUCGGUGGCAGUCUGGGGUGGUUAGCUAUGUGCGCGCAAAUGUUGUGACCUGCCCUGAGGUCUCUCGUUUCUGUUUUAGUAAUGUAGUGAGUAGCUCCAGGUGCCACAUCUACUCACGGAUUUAUCUAGUAUUCUCAGAUAGGUGUUACAGGGCUUCUUCUUCUUUGUAAUGUACUCUUUUUAAAUCCCUUUGGUUUACCCUUUUUGGAUCCCUUAAUGUGGACGAAUUUCUCUUAUGUACAAGUGAUGGCAAGAGGAAGGACGAACUUUCUAGUGACAAGGAAUCUCUUCCAAGACCUUUUGUUUUUGCACAUUUGAAAAUGCCACCCAUGGAUCAAAAUAUACCCAAACAUUUUUUACUUUCUUAAGACUUGAAAAUUGUGUGUAGUGUGGGCAAAAUUUGUAUCUUGUCUUUUCCCUCAGCUGGAGCUGCUGGGAGCACUCUGUAGUCAAGAUGAAAGCAUUGACUUUUGCUUCACAGAACUGUGUAUGUACAAGAGAAAUCCCGCAUAACCCCAUUAGGAGUAGAUGGUGCCUGGCUGGUCAGGGAGGCAAAAAAGGCUUCAUCCCAUCCUUGCCAAAAUAUGAGAAAACUGUCUUGGAGAAUGGGUCAAAAGCUCCAAACGGCACACACUUUUCAAAUUCAAGUGGGUGGGGGCUGCUUUUAGCAGCUACUGACUUGCAGCUUCGUCAAAGCCAGUGACUGGAGGAGGAAGGGAGAAAGGCUGGCUGCUGGCUUGCUCUGAGCUGCAAGGGUGGCCUCUAACUGAUAACUGUGAGCAGGUGGGCUUUUGUCUUCAGGUGCUUUGGCCAACUCUUGAAGUGUCCAGUGAACUUGGAAGGGGGCCCCUGAGCUGAGCACAGGGCCGAAGCAGCCACGGCGGACACCUGAUGGAGGGCACUGGGCUGGUCGACACUGAUGGGACAGUGAGGGGUGGGAGGGGGGCCUCCAGGGCCUGGUGUUGGAGAGUGCAGAGAAAUAUCUACCUCCCUGGAGGUGUGAAGACUAGGUUUUUCUUCUUCCUUCCAAUUAGAUUUUCCCUAAGGAUAUUGAUGUCUUCCUUACUCAUUUUUUCUCUCCCUGCCUCUCACUGCUAUAUCAGCCUGGGGGUGGUCCAGAGGCAGCCCAUUGUCUUCCUUACUGUUGAGCUAGUCUGGCAGACUGAUGACAGUCAUUGUCUGUGGGGUUUUCCCUUCCCUUUCUCGAUCUCUUUUGUGGUUCUAGCUUGUUUGGUUGUUCAUUGUUAUGGUGGCUUUUUAUUCUAAUGCUCCUUGAGCCCCAUGAUGGCUGGUGUCCCCUGUUGUUUUACAUUGUUGGGCCAGAUGCAUGUCCCUCCUGGGGCAUCAUCGGUUGCAAAUAUUUCCUUUUUCUCACUUUACGAAGAUGUUCUUAUACCCUUGCUUCCCAUAUUUUCCUGGCCAAGCGUGCCAUCUCCCUUAUUUUGGGAACUUGCAUCCUGAGUCCCAAGAGGGGCCACAAUUUGGAAAAAGUCGUCAGGGAUUCUGGAACUAAGUCUGAUAAGAGAUUCCAGUGAAGCCCUGUUCUGAGUACAAGCAGACUGCAGGGGAGGCUGCGGGAUUCCCCAGGCCAUGUGCGUGCUGAUCCUUCAAGGGUCUGCGGGUGUGCAGGUGGCCCAGGCUCCUUGGCACAUACUUUGCUGAGCCCCAGCUGAGGGAGCCCAGUGGCGAUUGCUCAGCCAUUUUCUGACAGACACACAGACCUGCCUUUUCUCUCCCAAAUAUACCAGUACCCUCCUGUGAGACAGUGUGCAGGCACCACCACCUUAAUCCUGCUCUUGCCUGACAUGCUGAUUCUCAUUUAUUAUGCUGCAUGAACACAUUAGACGUACAGGAGCGGCGCAGGUGUGAAGAAACGUCUUCUGCCCUGUUUCUUUCAGGGCUGUGGGCUUUCAGUGGGAAGUUGCUGACUCCUAAUUUACAGGCUGAGUCAAUGAGGGAAGACGACUGGCAUUUCCUCUGUCUAAAUGGAAGGAUGCCAGCGGGCUGGCAGGGACGGGGAUGUGUAACCAAGAUUUCAGUUUGAAUCUGUUCACAGCGAUAGAGAAGUCGGUGCAGCACGCAGUUAAAUAUGUAAAGUAAUUGCAGGAAAUUUGAAAGGAAAAAAGAAACCCAAGCCAGUAUUUUAAUAACUGUUUUUUCUGUGUAUUUUGUAUUGGGCUGGGGGAUAGUUUUUCGAACUUCCCAUGAAGAACCCCAGGACUUACUUUAGUCUUUGGCCAUUUCUACGGAAAUGCGAUGUCAGAUGAGUGGUAAUGGUGCCCUCCAGUGGCUUUGAGGCCUCACUGCGCAUUGUCUACUGGAGCCUUAGUCUUCUGAGACCGAGAGGAAAACGCUGAAUACUCUCGAUUCAUCUAUGUCUACAACGUUGCAUUUAUGAAAAACUACACUGUGCUAGGCGCAUUCCAAGACAUGAAUAUGACCGCACCCUCUUUCACCGGGUGUUUCUGUAGCAAGUUUUCAUAUUCUUUUCAAACAAUGGUUUCUCUGCGUUAAUUAUUGAAGAAGAAAAGAAAAAAAAAAGAUGGGGUAAGAAGACUACCCAUGCAUGAUGUAGAGAGCUGUUGAUUUGUUUUUGUUUUUUAAAGGAAAACUAUUUGUAAGAUGUUGCACUAAAACAUUUUAUAUACACUUCAGAGACCUGUAGUAAAUUAUGUUGAAAAUA